CCCCCCCCCCCCCCCCCCCCCCCCCCCCCCCACCCCCCCCCCACCCCCCCACCCACCCACCACCCACCCACCCCACCACCCACCACCCCACCACCCCCACCCACCCACCACCCCACCCCACCACCCACCCCACCCACCCACCCACCCACCACCCCACCCCACCCACACCCACCACCCACCCCA